AUCUUCUACUUUGGAAAACAUUGGUUCACAAGAAUGCACGGAAAGACGUGAUUUACAUAAAAAUUAAAUGAAAGAAUGGAUAGAUUAUUUAUAUGUAUCACAAAAGUUUAUCGAAGAGAACACGAUACGUGCGGUUGAAAGGUAACGGAGUCGUGUUACUCCUAGGAGACCAUUGCCUCGAACCAAAGCAAAUCGUAUACAGUUAUCGAUGCAACGUGAAACAAACGGCAAAGUAUCGCAGGCCACGUUCGUAACUAUAGAAUAAAAAAGAAAAUCAAGAAAGCUGAAAAGAGAUGAAAAGUGACCGGAUAGCCUCGAUGCUUUGAUGCUUCCCGUUACGUUUACAAAGUGGUUCGUGUAGUGCUUCUUUGAUACGUGAAAUCAUUUCAAUUUACCGCAUACACGUUUCUCAAACUAUAAAUCUUGCGUCAUUUUAUUCGCAAAGAUUCUUACAAAUAAUAAAUCAUCCCCCUCGAUGCGUCGCGAUUCGUACAUAGUUUCUCUAGAUCCAGAAGCGCUGAUUCUUUCGAGGCACAAAAGAACAAUUGUUUGUCGCUUACUGCCUAUCUUUGGCUCCAUGCGAGUUCCUUGAGGGUUAGGGGAAAGAACGAUUAACUCGAAAACGCAGUAGGGGCGCAUGUCUUUGAUCAAACAUGUUAUGUAUCUGCCGUCCGACUAUAUACGGUUUUAUUUCACUGGCGCUUCGAACUUGGCCGUCCGUAACACUUCCUUCGACACUUCGCUUCGCGUUGUUACACGAACAGUAGGAUACGUGUUAACGUCACGUUUAGAACACUUUCAUUUUCCCCUUGGUAAUCUUAAAAUCCGUUUUUUUAAUAGUUAGAUUCGAAAUAGCGCGCACGCACACACACGAUCUGUAAUUAAACAAAGUUCAAAGAUAUUCGGAGGAACCGGCGGGAAAAUGAAGACUCCAGUGGAAGGAACGACGUUACUCGACGCUAUAUCGUGAUACAGCAAUUUAUGAGAGAAAAUGGUCUUCGAUCCAGUCGCUGAAGAACAGAGGAAACGCUUUUUUAGACAAAAUUAUGGCGCUCAUUUACCUGGCUACACUGGACACUGUCCCACCCUCAAGUUUCGAGUUGGAAAGCGAUUUGGAGCGAGUACGGAAGAAAUCAUGAAGGAAUUACUUGAAAAGAAAAUCCUGAAAACGGGACCUUACAGGCCAAAUUCCAGCAGGGACGUACACGGAAACGGAUCGAUUCCUUGUGGAAAGGAUGAUAUCAGAAGGGACUGGAAAACUGAUGCACAGUUAUUUAAAGCGCCGCCGUAUAUAUUGGGAUACACGGGAUACAUUCCUGGAUUUAAUAGCUGUUAUGGUCUAUCCUUUAUUAAAGCCGUGGAAGAAGGUGCCAGGGAAUGGCGUGAAAAUCAAAACAAAUUGAGAGCAAGAGAACGCAGAGAUGCCAUGAAAGCUCAAGCUGAAAGAUGCGAUCCCAGAAAUCUUUCAUCUCGAGCGAGAGCAGACAACGUGGCCAUCGAGAUUGAUCACGAUCAUGAUCGAAAUCGUACCACUUUUCAUUACGAAAUCUCCCCUGAGAGACCACCGAUCGUGGGUUAUACAGGCCACAUUCCAGGAGCAAAGGGAGAGGUAGCACUGUCGAAAAGGUACGGCCAAGCCGCAAGAAAAGGACUAGAAUUAAUACGAAAAGAACGCGAAGAAAGACUUAACAAACUACGAACUGCGGCCACGGUGCAGAAAGCUUUAAACGAUGCUAACGUUUAUGAAACUGAACACGCGCGAACUGGAAUUUAGCGUAUGUAUAAAUAUUAAUGUAUAUCGAUAGACGUUACAACCACUCUUGUAACGCUUUAGUACAGUGUAGUAAAGCUUUUGGUAGUCGUAGUUUGUUUCCUAUUUCGUAAAUUGAUGCAUUGAUUAGAGAUCG